AUGGUACGUGAGAGCUCCAGCAGAAUAUUAAUCUUUUAUCUUAACCAUUAUUUAAAUGCUCUAUAAAAUAUUAGUAUUAAUCAUGAAUUAAUAUCCGAAAACGAUUAUUUUGGACUUUUAAAUAUUUGGAUCUGUUAUCUCUUAUAUGGUUGUAAUUAUGAUUCGAUUCUGAUCGGCUUGUCUUAGGGGCCUAUUCUGUAACUCUUAACGACUCUAACGAUAUCGUUAAAUUGCGUUGCACAGCUUUUUUACUAUAUACAGAAUCUACACAAUAACAAUGUAACGAUGUCGUUGCAGUCGUUAAGAGUUAUAGAAUAGGGCCCUUAAAAUGCGCAAGACCUAAAUACUUACUGCAAUAUUAUUUAACAAUUUGCAUUGGACCGAAGAAUCCUGAGCAUCUCUUGUAGUUUAUGAUUUCAAUUGGAGAAUUUUUCGGAAUUGGUCAACUAUUGCUGAACAAAACAAAAUAGAAGUUUUCUGCAAUCAUUGUGCGAAGAUUUUCGUAGCUACGUUCUAGCUGGAAUCUAUUUUCUGCUUGCUCCUGAAGUUUUAGUGCAAUGAAUCCUAUGCGAUCGACAACUUUCCGGAGCAGUGAGGAAUCAAGAUCAACACGUAACGAAGAUCACAAUAGUUUAGCAGUUUUACGUUCAAGAACCGAAGAAGAGAAGCAGAGGCGCAGACGAGAAUGGCAACGCCAGCAAGAGCGAGAGAGACAACAUGAAAAAUUGAAACAGCAAAAAAUUUUAGAAUAUGAAAGGAAACGUGCACAAGCUUUAAAAUAUGCUGAGGAAAAAUCCUCGCGUCACAGUCGAAGUAAAAGUGAUAGUGAGUCUCCCUCGCAUGUUCGGUACAGAGGUAGAUCUACAUCAACUGCUUCCAAAUCUGGUAGCCUUCAUGAAAAAUUAGAUGGGUCUCCAAGUGGAACAGUACCUUUAUUCAGAGGUCCUCAGAAUGCACAGAUUGAUACUUCGGAACUACGUCGAAUUAAAGUUGAUAUUCAUAGGAAUAUUCCUGUAAAAGGACCUGUUACCGAAUUAGAAAGAGAUAUACUUAAUCCUGAAGAUGUGAUCGUCAAGAGAAGAGAGGCACAAUAGUUUUGAUAUAUAAGCACUAGAUUGAUGCAUCGAUAGGUUUAUUUCUUACAUCUAUGAAGAAUUUCCUAUAAAAAAAUCAAUAAUGAACUUCAUGAAGAUGACAAGCAAGAGAAAUAUUUGUAAUAACGAUGAACAUUGCAAAUCUGAUUCAAGAAAUUUUUCGACACAGGAAGAGUAUUUUAUCCAUUAUUUUUGACCUAUCUUUUUUUCACAAAAGGUAUAAGGUAUAUAUUGAUGCAGGAACUUAGAAUAUUUUCCUGAAGGAAUGUUAUGUCACAAAUCGGGAAGUAUGUUUAACUAUAAUCAAACAGUAUCCAAAUAAUUUAUUGCAUAUUUGAUACUCUUGCUUAAGGCAUGUGAAUUUCAAA